CAUUCUAUACCCUGGCGCACGAUACGGCGCGUUCUUUCCGUCCCCACCCUUCGCGAAUUCGUACUUCAGCGGUUCAUCUUCGCGCCCGACUUCAAACCUCAGGACAUCGAAGGUUUUGCGCCCGUCUCCCUCAGAUCUUUCGAAGCACGAUUCAAUUAUCCUAUUCCGUGCCGACCCGAGUCACUACAGUCGGAAACACGAGCAUUCUCGACAGUCCUGUCCAAGCUGCACGAUACACUAGAAACGCUGCAUCUCCCAGGCCCCUCAGCUCCCGCAGACCUCCUGACGACAUCCCACUGGCCUCGUCUUCGGGAGCUCGUUCUCUACAGCGAACCGUGGGACGCUUCGCAACCAUGGCACGCCGUCACUCUCUUUUCCAACAUGCCGCACCUCCGCACGCUCGCGCUCAAGUUCCUCCCUCCGCGUGGCAAGGGCCUCCUGAACCUCGCCGACUCCCGCAACGGCGUUGUGCACCACAGCCGCGAAACGGAGCGGACCCCGCUCUGGCCUCCGGGGUACACCGGUCCCUUCCCUUGGCCGGAGCUGGACCGGCUCGUCGUCUCCUGUCCGAACGUCGAUGACGAAGUGUACGAGCACCUCCCGCAGACGUUGCGCUCGCUCUCGCUGCGGUACUGGAAGCACCUCUUCUGGCUCGCCCACGAGCGCACUCGGGCCGAGACUCCAGAUCAUCGCGCGUAUCACACCGCGGGUUCGACGCUCACGAUCCUACGGCGCUGUGCGAUCCCGGCGCUGGAGCAGCUGACGGUCGAGUACGUGGAGGACGACCGCGAAGAGGAGCUUCUCAGACUACUGGGCACCGCAUUCCCGCGACUGCGGGAGCUAACCGUGCUGCAGUAC